AUGAGUUCACAGAAGUGUGUGGUUGAAGGCUGUAAUUUGGAAUACGAUGUGGUUUGCAGCUUUUCCUUUUACAAUGUUAACACAUCAGCUUCUACCGAUGAGAAGAGACAGGAAUGGAUUGAAGGUGCUAUGCAAGAGGAGAGCGAGUGCCUCUGGAGACAUGUUAGUCUACAACUGUGCGGGUAUCAUUUCGAACUGGACGCACAAGGUCUUUGGAUCGACUCGCCAAUGUUACCUGAGCUGUUGACACCUCAAGAAACUGUAGCCCCUAUACAACAGACAGCCGCGGAUAAGAAAGUGGCAGACAUAAUCAGAGUUGAACAUAACUACAGCGUGGAACCAAUCAAAGAAAUACAUGAGAGUGUGUCCCGACUGAAUGUUAGGCAACUUGUAGAUACAUUGGGAUAUCUAUCAUUGAAGAACUUGCAGAAGAAACAGUUGUGGGUGGUAAAGGUUGAAACAGAUAAGGCUGAAGCUUCUAUUGCACAAUCCGAGCAAGUUAUAGCCAAGAUGCCCGACCCAAAACAGAUUAUAGAGAUUGUCCCUCAAACAUCAACAGUUGAACCGCAGAAUGAGGUGCUCCAUAUAAUGGAAGACGGCAAUAUAUCAGAUAACUUUAUAUAUGAGAUAGCUGAGGAACAGGAAAUAACUAUGGAAGAGGUCAAAGAAAUACCCAUCACUGAGAACAGGGAGUGGAUGGUCAAUAUAAUACCCGAAGAAACAAAACCCAAGUACGCAUACAUCAAGCAUUGCAACAGCGGCAAGAAGAAGAGACAUUUCACAGCUGAAAUGAAUGAAAUUACACUACAGGGUGACUAUGAGAACUAUUACAUACUACCAGACAUAGACCCAUCAGUGGGAGUGGAGAUUACAACCACAUAUGAACCGGAGAACUUUAUAGUCGAGGAAUACCCACACUUAGUGCUCGAGGAACGACCGAGAAAGAGAUCCAAGGAUACUGACCCGAGAAAAAGGAAAAAGAAAAUAUCAACACCAUCGGUUAGAGAACAGAUUAAACAAAUCAAGACAGAAAUCAAACCCGAGAUAGAAGAAGAUUGGGUGAUUGAUAACAGUGUGUACGACCAAGACACAAGCGAUGACUAUGAUGAUAAGAAAGCUGCUCGGGUUAGAAGAAAAAACAAAAAAUACCUCGGAUAUGACUUUGUAACAUAA